AUGAUGGCUCACUCAUCUCUUAUAAUCCGUACCGAAGACAACUUCCACAUUCAUCAGAUAAUUUCAUCUCUUUCGUUUGCAAGGCCUGUUCAUCCUUUAAAAAAAAUUAUAUUUCUCGUCGUCGAAGAAUCUGUUCGAAUCCUUCUUUUCCGAGCAGCUUGGCCGUCGGCGACCACCAUCUCAUCUCAGGCGGUCUUUAGACGUGACCCGUGUCAUAGGCCUGCAACCACGUUCUCUUCGAGUUCCAAGCAGCAACACCCAUCCACCAUAUUUUUCGGCGACCCCGCUCGCAAGCAGCCGCGCUGUCUGUUUUCCAUCGCCGGCGUCCUCUCCGAGAGCAGUAACCUGUUUGUGGAUAGCAUCCCUGCUUUGUCGAGCCGCGCGGGAAGAAACAAAAGCGAAGGCGAGAUGGAUCUUCAGAGCUUGGUGUUGAUCCUGCAGGGUGCACUCAGCCCCAAUCCUAGUGAACGGAAAGCUGCUGAAGAAAGUCUGAAUCAGUUUCAGUACGUGCCCCAACAUUUGGUGAGGCUUUUGCAGAUAAUAGUAGAAGAGAGUUGCGAUAUGGCAGUUAGACAGGUGGCGAGCAUUUCUUUCAAGAAUUUUAUUGCCAAAAACUGGGAGCCUCAUGAUCCUGGUGAAAAAUCAAAGAUCUUACCUGGGGACAAGGAAGUAGUGAGACAGUACAUUCUCAAUUUUGUGGACCAAGUUCCCCCACUUUUGAGAUCACAGCUAGGCGAAUGCUUGAAAACGAUUAUACAUGCAGAUUACCCAGAGCAGUGGCCAACUCUAUUACAUUGGGUGAGGCAUAAUUUGCAGGACCAGAAAGUUUAUGGAGCUCUAUUUGUCCUCAGGAUCCUUUCUAGAAAAUACGAGUUUAAGUCAGAUGACGAAAGAAUACCGGUUAAUCACAUUGUUGCUGAAACAUUUCCGCCUCUGCUUAACAUUUUUAACCGGCUUGUUCAGAUUGCAAAUCCUUCAAUUGAAAUAGCAGAUUUGAUAAAGCUGAUUUGCAAAGUUUUCUGGUCAUCUAUCUAUCUGGAGGUUCCAAAGCAAUUGUUUGACCUAAAUGUAUUCAAUGCAUGGAUGAUUCUUUUCCUGAAUAUAUUGGAGAGGCCUGUCCCUGAAGAAGGACAACCUGAUGAUCCUGAACUGAGAAAAUCAUGGGGUUGGUGGAAAGUUAAGAAGUGGACAGCCCACAUAUUAAACCGCCUUUAUACUCGGUUUGGGGAUGUGAAGCUUCAAAACCCGGAUAGCAAAGCUUUUGCCCAAAUGUUCCAGAAGAAUUACGCAGGGAAGAUUUUGGAGUGCCAUAUAAAUUUGUUGAAUGUGAUUCGUGUUGGUGGCUAUUUGCCUGACCGAGUAAUCAAUCUUAUUCUGCAAUACCUAAGUAAUAGUAUCUCAAAAAGUAUUAUGUACAGUCAGCUGCAACCAAGGCUGGAUGUUGUUCUUUUCGAGAUCAUCUUUCCGCUUAUGUGCUUCAAUGACAAUGAUCAACGGCUUUGGAACGAAGACCCACAUGAAUAUGUGAGGAAGGGUUAUGACAUAAUUGAGGAUUUGUAUAGCCCAAGAACUGCCGCAAUAGAUUUUGUGAGUGAGCUUGUCAGGAAACGGAAGGAAAAUCUCCAAAAGUUCUUAUUGUUUAUAGUUGAGGUAUUUAAGAGGUAUGAUGAAGCAGCAGCCGAAUAUAAGCCUUAUAGACAGAAAGAUGGUGCACUUCUUGCCAUUGGAGCGUUGUGUGAUAAAUUAAAGCAGACUGAACCGUACAAGUCUGAGCUGGAACGCAUGCUUGUACAACAUGUGUUCCCUGAGUUCCACAGUCCUGUGGGGCAUCUUAGAGCUAAGGCUGCGUGGGUUGCAGGGCAAUAUGCACAUAUUAGUUUCUCUGAUCCAAAUAACUUUCGAGGAGCAUUGCACAGCGUUGUUGCUGGGAUGCGUGACCUAGAACUUCCUGUUCGUGUUGAUUCUGUUUUUGCUUUGCGAUCAUUUGUGGAAGCCUGCAAUGAUUUGGGUGAAAUCAGACCAAUUCUUCCACAACUACUUGAUGAGAUUUUUAAACUUAUGAACGAAGUGGAGAAUGAAGAUCUUGUUUUUACUCUGGAGACAAUAGUGGACAAGUUUGGAGAGGAGAUGUCUCCAUAUGCUCUUGGAUUGUGCCAGAAUUUGGCUGCAGCAUUUUGGAAGUGCAUGAAUACUGCUGAAGCUGACGAGGAAGGUGAUGAUCCUGGUGCAUUAGCUGCGGUUGGUUGUUUGCGUGCUAUAAGCACUAUCCUUGAGUCAGUCAACAGAUUGCCCCAUCUAUUUGCACAUAUUGAGCCAACUUUAUUGCCGAUAAUGUCCAGGAUGCUGACUGCAGAUGGACAAGAGGUUUUUGAGGAAGUUUUGGAGAUGGUUUCUUAUAUGACAUUCUUCUCACCUACCAUAUCACUGGAAAUGUGGAGCCUUUGGCCAUUAAUGAUGGAAGCUCUGGCUGAUUGGGCAAUUGACUUUUUUCCAAAUAUCUUGGUGCCUUUAGAUAACUAUAUAUCCAGAAGCACUGCGCAUUUUCUUACUUGCAAGGAGCCAGAUUAUCAGCAAAGCCUUUGGAACAUGCUUUCAUCUGUCAUGGGUGACAAAAAUCUGGAGGAUGGUGAUAUUGAGCCGGCACCCAAGUUAAUUCAAGUGGUAUUCCAAAACUGUAGUGGACAGGUUGAUCACUGGGUUGAGCCUUACUUGAGAAUCACUAUGGAGCGUUUGCGUCGCACUGAGAGACCGUAUUUAAAAUGCCUCUUGAUGGAAGUGGUUGCUGAUGCUCUGUAUUACAAUGCAUCAUUGACACUUAACAUAUUGCAAAAGCUUAAUGUCACAACAGAAGUUUUCAACCUUUGGUUCCAGAUGUUGCAACAAACGAAAAAGAGUGGUAAAUGUGCCAACUUCAAAAGGGAACAAGAUAAAAAGGUAUGCUGCUUGGGCUUGACAUCAUUACUCCCCCUCCCUGCCGAUCAGCUGCCAGGAGAAGCAUUGGAGCAUGUUUUCAAGUCCACUCUUGACCUGCUUGUCGCCUAUAAGGAUCAAUUGUUAGAAUCUGCGAAGAUAGAAGAGGAGGAAGAGGGUGAAGAUGAUGACAUGAACAAUUUUCAAGAUGAUGAUGAUGAUGAUGAUGAUGACGAUGAUGAUGAUUCUGACAAGGAUAUGGGGGUUGAUGCUCAGGAUGGAGAUGAAGCUGCGAAUGCUAAACUUCAUAAAUCGGCUGCUAGGGCCAAGACUUUCCGUACCAGUGAAUUUGAUGAUGAGGACUCAGAUGACGAUUGGAGUGAUGAUGAAGAGUUGCAAUCACCCAUCGACGAUGUUGAUCCAUUUAUUUUCUUUGUGGACACUAUUAAAACUCUGCAAGCAUCUGAUCCAAUGAGGUUCCAGAAGCUGACACAGUCACUUGAUUUUCAUUAUCAAGCUCUUGCCAACGGUGUUGCCCAUCAUGCUGAACUAAGAAGAGUGGAGAUUGAGAAGGAUAAAUUAGCCAAGGCCUCUCAACUAGCUACAGCAGCUGCCUCAUGA